GAAGCCGCCGCGUGCUAGUUCCCGCGGGAAAGGACGGCUUGUCUCGCGAGAUUUCUGAGGGGCGCGGGACCAGGGAGGAAGAGCCAAGGGGGAGAGGGAUGCGACCGCGGAAAUCGGGGGGGCGGCGGGCUCGUUCCCAUAGCAACCUGCUCUGUUGACAUCGCCCGGCGGCGGCCUGGGGCUGGGCCGCCCGGUGCAGGUCGGUGCUCGGCGCCGGGGUGGGGAAUAAGGGCUCCGGGAGAUCGUCGUGGUUCGGCCUGGGUGGGACCUCGCCCCCGGCGGGCACCAUGCGCAAGCUGGGCCUGCAGCGGGACCUGGCCGAGGCGGCUGCGCUGGAGCGGAGGCGGCAGGGCGAGCUGCACAGGCAGAGCCGCAUCUUCAACGCCCGAGUCAGGACCGCCGGGGUUGAUAAGGAUGCUUUGGAUACUCAAAUCAAUGAUAAGAAGAUUCAAGAGGCAAAUGAGAAAGCACGACAUGAAACAAUUGCUGGUGAAAUGAAGCAAAAUGACAAGAUCAUCUGUAUGUUAGAAGAACGACAGAAACAAGACAUCAAAAACCUAAACAAAGCUGUCACUGAGUUUCAACAGAAUUUUCAGAAGCCAGAAACUCGGCGUGAGUUUGAUUUGUCUGACCCACAGGCCCUGAAGAAGGAUACUCCUGCUCGCCUCUCUGACAAUGACCCUCGAUGUACUGUAUCUGGCUUGCAGAAGUUUCUAGGAGAAGAUUUAAACCAUGAUCAGAGGGUGAAAUUUCAAAAGGAGCAGUCAAGAGAAUGGUCUCUACAGCAACAGAGAGAUUGGAAGAAUGCAUUAGCAGACCAGAAAUUUGCAGAGGAUCUCCAUGACAAGAACAGGCUAGACCUAGAUCAAAAAGCCAUGGAACUACAAAGGAAAGACGUAGAAACCAGACAAGCUGUUUGUGCAGCUACCAAGGAUUUUAAUAGAACUCAGGCUGUAGAAUUUGCAGAAAGAAAAAUGCUCGAAAAGCGUCAGGAAGAAGAAGAUAAUGUGGCUGAAAUUUCCAGCCUCCUUCGAGGAGACUUGCUUUCUGAAAACCCAGAACAAGCAGCCAGUUCGUUUGGGCGACAUCGUGUGAUUACUGAUCGAUGGAAAGGAAUGAACCAGGAUCAGUUGAAGGCAAUACGUUACACUCAACAACAACAAGUUCUGGAGAAACUGAGGCUGCAGGAGGAAGAACGGCAAAGAAAUGCAGAGUGGGACAGGCAACGUAUACAGGCCGCCAGAGCACAACUUCUUUUUGAGCGGCAUCAACAGCGACUAAAUCGAGAACUUCGCAGAACUCUGGAUAAUGCUAAUGCACAACUCUCCCAGGAGCAGAAAUCAAAAAAAAUUUAUCUUCAGGAGGAAGUGUAUUCAAAUUUUCCAACAGGCCAAUAUUUCACACAGUUUAAUACAACUAGCCGGUGACAUAUGAGACACAUCCACUCUCUGAAAUAUAAAUUUAUGCUACAGAAAUAUUGAGAUUACAGCAUGACUGUCAGAUAUCUUCAUACAUGCUUUUCAGAGACCAUACUCUAUUUUACAAUGCAAGAGGGAGUAUGGGAGGAGUAAUUGCUAUUGUUGAGACCAAAGAAAAAUGAAAUGUUUCUGCACAUCCAUAAUUUAUUUAUAUAUAAAUAAAUAAAUAGAAUUGAAUUAAUUUUAUUAGUACUCCCAAUUAAAGUUAUGUGCAGUCACUAUAUCCAUUGUUAGUUUUUCCAACAAUAAAAUACUAAGGUCACUGUGUUGGGGUUUUUUAAGUGUUUUCAGUGCUUGUUGAAAGGUGAAAGAUUUGAUAGAAAUGGAAAUUGAAAUCACCUGAUGAGCUGCCAAACAGAUGUUGCAAGGGGAGCAGCACUGCAAGCUUGUUCUCCAUACCCCACCAAAAAAUGUACUGGGUAUAGAUGGCCACCCUUAUCUAGAAUAGAAGGGAAAUAUGUUAGCUGAAAUUAUUUUCGAACGUUACUCUUCCCAGAAAGCACUAAUAGGUUCCACACUGGCUUCUUUGGCUAGCAUAAACUAGUUAACCAUGUUAUAAACUAUUUUAGAACCCAAUUUACUGGAAAAAAAUCAUAUUUAAAAAUACUUAUGACUAAUAUGAUUUCCUCCCAACACAGGGCCAGGGUGCGAGUUGCUGCAACCUCUGUGUCCCCAUUGCCAGGAUAUUGGGACCACUGGUUUCUGUAAAUGCAGAUCUGCAGCUCCUCUUCCAGCCUAAUCUUCCAUACUGGGCAUAUGCAGGGCUAGCACAGAAAGCUUUCCUCCCAAACUGCAGGGGGAGUGCAGGAACUCUUGUGCAGCUGCUCAGCACACAGUCCCUAUGUGGAGAUAAAGUGGUGUGGUUCUCCUCACUAACAUGAUUUUCACGCAUAUAUUUCACAUGCGUCAAUGAGAGUAUGUCAUAUGCUUUUAAUUUACAUUUUAUAGGGCUGCCAAGCGAUUAAAAAAAUUAAUCACGAUUAAUCACUCUGUUAAACAAUAAUAGAAUGCCAUUUAUUUAAAUAUUUUUGGAUGUUGUCUACAUUUUCAAAUGUAUUGAUUUAAAUUACAACACAAUACAAAGUGUACAGUGCUUUCUUUAUAUUUAUUUUUGAUAAUAUUUGCACUGUAAAAAACAAGAUAGUAUUUUUCAAUUCACCUAACAAAAGUACAGUAGUGCAAUCUUUUGGUCAUGAAAGUUGAAUUUACAAAUGUAGAAUUAUGUACAAAAAAAACUUGCAUUCAAAAAUAAAACAGUGUAAAACUUUAGAGCCUACAAGUCCACUCGGUCCUACUUCUUGUUUAGCCAAUCACUAAGACAAACAAGUUUGUUUAAAUAUGCAAGAGAUAAUGCUGCCCACUUCUUGUUUACAAUAUCACCUGAAAGAGAACAGAUGUUUGUAUGCCAAUUUUGUAGCCAGCAUUGCAAGAUAUUUAUGUGCCAGCUAUGCUAAACUUUUGAAUGCCCCUUCAUGCUUCAGCCACCAGUCUAAAGGACAUGCUUCCAUGCUGAUUACACGUAUUAAAAAAAUGCAUUAAUUAAAUUUGUGACUAAACUCCUUGGAGGAGAACUGAAUGUCUCCUGCUCUGUUUUACCUGAAUUCUGCCAUAUAUUUCAUGUUAUAGCAGUUUCGGAUGAUGACCCAGCACAUGUUCUUUGUUUUAAGAAGACUUUCACUGCAGAUUUGACAAAACAGAGGGUACGAAUGUGAGAUUUUUAAAAAUAGCUACAGCACUCGACCAAAGUUUAAGAAUCUGAAGUGCCUUCCAAAAUCUGAGACGGAUGAGAUGUGGAGCAUGCUUUCAGAAGUCUUAAAAGAGCAACACUCCUAUGCAGAAACUACAGAAUCCGAACCACCAAAAAAGAAAAUCAACCUUCUGCUGGUGGUAUCUGACUCUGAUGAUGAAAAUGAACAUACAGUGGUCCGUACUGCUUUGGAUCAUUAUCGAGCUGAACCCAUCAUCAGCAUGGAUGCAUGUCCUCUGGAAUAGUGAUUGAAGCAUGAAGGGACAUAUGAAUAUUUACAUGCCAGAUACACUAAAGGUCUUGUGACGCUGACUACAACCAUGCCAUGCGAACGCAUGUUCUCAGUUUCAGGUGACAUUGUAAACAAGAAGCGGGCAGCAUUAUCUCUUGCAUAUUUAAACAAACUUGUUUGUCUUAGUGAUUGGCUAAACAAGAAGUAGGACCGAGUGGACUUGUAGGGUCUAAAGUUUUACAUUGUUUAAUUUUUGAAUGCAAGUUAUUUUGUACAUAAUUCUACAUUUGUAAAUUCAACUUUCAUGACCAAGAGAUUGCACUACUGUACUUGUAUUAGGUGAAUUGAUAAAUACUAUUUAUCAUUUUUGCAGUGCAAAUAUUUGUUAUAAAAAUAUAAAGUGAGCACUGUAAACUUUGUAUUCUGUAUUGUAAUUGAAAUUAAUAUAUUUGAAAAAAUAGAAAAAUAUCCAAAAAUAAGUAUCAAUUGGUAUUCUAUUGUAUAGUGCGAUUAAAACUCCAAUUAAUCGCAAUUAAUUUUUUUUAGUUAAUCACGUGAGUUAUCGGCAAUUAAUCAACAGCCCUACUUUUAAUGCUAGUCUGCCACAGUGAGACAGCCUUCACUAUUAGAGCACAGGAAUUGGUUGGUUUUAUUGGAGAUAUGGCAGCAGAGCAAUCAUUAGACAGCACAUCCAGGAACUCCUCUGGAAACUUAACAUAUCAAACAAUCAAAGAGCUGGAGGAACAUAGUUAAUAUAAAAAUAUAAUGUUAGCAACUUCUUUGACAAAAAGCUAUGUGACACACAUCUCUUUUCCUUUCAGCUAGUCAGUAUUCUGGCUUCUGUUAUGUUUUCUUUUUUUCCAUUUUUAUCUGAGAAAGUAGCACGUGAUAAUUGCGUGGAAUGAAAAAAUAAGGAAAAAGCAGAACUAAAUGGAUUUUGAAGUUGGGUGUAUUUUCCAUUUUUCAGCAAUUGUAGCAGGCCAUUAGCAUCUCAGAGAUAAAAAGCCUGAUUCUAGUGUACACUAAAGCUCCUUUACACUGCUCUGCCUGUAUAAGGGAUCUUAAAGUGGAUGUAAAUUAUAAUCAACCUUAAAUACCUCCAGUUCAAUAAUUAAGGUCUGGAUUAUACAACCCUUACACACACUGAGCACUUACACAUGUAGUUCAGUUGACUCACACAGAUAGUCUCAGAAUACUUAGACACUUCAUCAGUUUGUAGCAGACAGCUACAAAAUGAUCAUCUCAGGGCUGCAUCUGGUUCUCUCACAAAUAUAAAUGGCCACCGAAGAAAAUCACAUGGGGAAAAACUCUUGCAACAGAGUGUCUACAAGGACUUUUAUUGGUCUAAAAGUGUUUUCAAACCUAGGGCUUUAGCCUGAUCUCAGAUACUAUAAAUGGGUGUACAUCUCAAUGUUCAGAAUCUCAGGGCCUAAUUUCCUUUUAAGCUAUAACAGAAAAAUGAACAUUCUGAUUCUGAGAAGUAGCCUGGGAGACUGCAUGGCUUUGUCUUCAGUGGGACUGGUCAUGUCAGUAAGGGUAAGCCUAUACAGCAUUUUGGAGCGAGACUUUCAACCCGGGUCAACGAGCUUGGGCUAAGUGCUCUAAAAAUAACUAUAUAGACAGUACUUUGAAUUUGCAAUUCAGACAGGAGCUUGAGCUCUGAAGCCUAGGGGGAGGGGUGGCCUUCAAAGCUUUGAUUGUGUUACAAGUAAUUUUUAUUGUAUAGAUUCUAUUGUGCCACUUAAGAUGUAUGGUUACAAAGCAAGAACUUCAGAUCACAGCUUUAUAUGGUAAUUUUUAGAUGGCUUGAGUUAAAUAAUUUAGUGAUGUAAUUUAAAAAAAAAAAAAAAAAUCAUACAUAGACUUUGCAUGUAUCUAACUGAAGGUCAUCAUAAAUAAAUUUACGAAGAAGUGUGUUUGCUAGAAAUUAUUAGCUCAAAAAUGAAGGAUAAAUAUUUUUAGCAAUGUACUGGACUAAUCACAACAUGUACCAGAUGUUUACAUUAGCAAAAUAUAAUCAGUAAAUGAUGGUUUUAUCAUGCAGUUGGAAAUUUAUUGGAAUGUCAGAAAACAUACUAAAAAUAAGAGGUCUGUGAAGAAGAGGAAAUAAUGAAAAUGGAACUGUAAACAACUUCCUGUAUAAAAUAUGUCUAGCUAUCAGCAAAAUUAGAAUCAUAUAGUGCAAGCUAACAGUCACCAGGCUGCAAGGAUUGGUUCUCACGGACUUGAUAGUGUAUUAUUUGAGGUCUCUUUAAUAAUUAGAUAAAUUCAUCAUUAG